AUGCUUCACGGAAGCAGCCCCGGAGUGUCGUCGAGCAUCUCGGACGACAUCGAUAGCGUCUCUCUCAGCUCUGGCGAUACUCAGCGAGGUCGGCCAUUUGACGCCGGGCGGAUAAGCAGUCGGAACGAUUCUUCUGAUAGUAGUUCCCCUGGCAGUCGCAUCGACGAAUAUGAGAAAGCACAAGCAUCGCAUCGCAAACCCACCCGGGGCUUGAUUUUCCAGGUCAUUCCAUCCCCGAAGGAUAAGACUCAGAGCGUGUCCAUUGAAAGUUUUCCAAAUGAGGUUUUAACCCACAUUCUCUCGCAUCUGCCGCCCGAGACACUCUCCUCAAUGAGCCUGGUUUCACAACGAUUCCAUAGACUUGUCACCACUCCUCCCGCUUGGCGUAUUGCGUUUGCCCGAUUCUUUCCAGGAGCCGAUGCACUUGAUGCUAGUCUCGUCAAAGCCGCUCGAGACUCUACCUCGGACACAGACAGAGCCCAGCGAAGAUCUUUUACGCGACUGUCAGCACUCGCGUCCUGGAGAAGUGAGUACAUUCUGCGCACGCGCUUACUUCGUUCCUUGGGAAGAGGAAGGCCUGCCCUUGAGGCGAUUUCUCGGUCUAGCGCGUCUCGUCAUGCAGGUAGUGCUUCCGCUGCAGCUGUCACCACGUACCCGUCCGGUCUAUACUAUCCAGUCAGCCAUAUCCAUGCUACUUUUGGCACAGGGUUGAACAAGAAACAGCCCCUCUUCAUGCACGGUGCUGUCGAACAGGGUGGAGUGUCUACAAGUGAGCCAAGCACCGGAAAACCAGGCGCAUGGGGCUUGACGGACUUUGAAGGCUUUAAGCAUUUUGCUGAUCAAUUCCCUGGCGAGCUGCCGUACGGUUUAGGUUCUGGAAAUGUGGUUGGCAUGGGGAAUGUCAUGGACAUUAGCCAGCCAUAUGGCAAAUUGUACGGAGAAGCUUGCCCUGGUGGACGGCUUUACUACACCUCGACGAGCGAACAACGUGGUCGUUUUGUGCCCAUCGCUUCAUCUGCGAACCACGCUUACGGAAUUCCUGAAGUGAGCAUGAUCGGGUGCGCUGUCUGCUCAGUCUAUAUUGCCAAAUCCGAGUCGCUCCUUGGGGUCACUAACGGGAUGUUCGGAUUCCUCGCGGGAUUCUCAAAUGGCGUACUUGCUGCCUAUGCCCUUGGCGUCAACCCUGUGCACGAUCGUCGCAUGGACAAGGGUGAGCCUACCGCGAAGUGGGUGCUUUGCCCGGGGGUUCCCAUCGUUCAAAUCUGCAUUGACGAGAAAGUUUCGCCUCGGAGGGUCAAUUCUCACCGAAUCUGGGCCGUUGUUCUCAAUGCGCUUGGCGAGGUGUUCUAUCUUUCGGAUUCUCUGGUGAGACCAGAAUCUUCUGGUAGGCUGUCGCCUUCCGAUAUCGAUCGUCUGGCCUGGCAGACCGGAAGGAGCGUGGAAUGGGCACUGGUAGAAUCCACGAGACGAAAGGCGAAAGCCGACCCUUUCGGCACUGCUCAAGUGGACGGCAGCUACACGCCUCGGACCUCAAGCGAUCGAUGCGGGUUGAGUCAAGAACAGAUCAUUGCCGAGACGAAGGAAGUCGAGCGCUUUCUACUUCACAAGCCCAAACACUAUCAAAGCAUCUGUGAAGGUUGGGACAUGCGACGUACGAUCGUCGUCGACUUUGGUGGCGAUGACCACCAUGGAGGCGGUGAAUCAAUCAUUGUGGUUGAGCGUGGAAUGGAUGCCGGACGCUCAGCGGCAAUUCGCCGAUAUACUCGAUGUAAGACGAAAGUGGCCGUCGAUUUCGACGCCGAAAAGUGGCCAACCAUUCCAUCAACGACAGCUCGUUCUUCCAUCUUUGGCAGCGGGCUUACUUCCCAGCUACAAUCUCGUGCUUCUCCUGCUUCGUCAAGCAUGCCGAGAUCACGCACAUCCAGUCAAGAUGACCUUGCGGAUGCGAGGUUCCGGGAAGAUUGGCAUAUUUCACACAUGUCUCUUGCCGACCAUCGAAACAUCAGCAUUUGCGCAGUUGCGUCUGAUGAUUCGGACUUUGCAACGCUCACUGUCAAUGAAGACCCUCUCCUAGGGAUGUCAGGAGGCUCGAAUACUUCAUCGCCUAUCGCUUCUCCAAUGGCCCAUAUGCAGACGGCCGGCUCAGCUGCGGAGAUUCCUGGUCAUCGUGCCCGACUUUUUGGGAUCGGCACGAUGUCUGGCAUCGUGAUGCUAUGGAAUAUGCGUGCCACCAUCGCUUCUAACCCCGAGGUCGCCAACACUAUCCCGCCAAUUAGGGUCAUCUACACGAAGAGUCCACAGAUUGCAUCACUGGCGAUGACGUCUCUGUAUGUGGUGCAUGGAGGAAAUGAUGGUUUGGUACAGGCUUGGGACCCACUUGCAUCUAGCAACGAGGCGAUCAGAACUUUGAAUUCUCGUUUCUCCGAUCGGGCAAGGCGACGCAUCGCUCAGGCAGAAGCGUCUAUUCAAGGAGUUGGCAACAAUUAUUAUGCUGCCGGCGCGAUUGUACUAGACCCAGAUCCCACCGUUCUACGCGGAAUGGUCUCCUUGGGGGCAUAUCUGCGCUACUGGUCAUACAGCUCUACUGCAGCCGAUGCAUACAAAAGUCGCAAACGUGGUCAGCUUCGACGCCGCUCUGAAAGGGGUAGCAAUUCUACGCCAGCCAGCCAAAAGGUCAGUGCAACUGGUCGGGGCCUCCUCAAAGACUAUAUCAGCAAUGAAAGGCUCGAAAUGGAGAGGGAGAAAGUGGCAAGGCUCAAGGAAGACGAACGUUUGAGUGGCCGUUUCGGCACAAAUCUACUCGGGGAAGGUGCAAGUGAAGAGGAAAUACUCGCGUAUGCCACUUUGCUCAGCGAGGAAGCCUUCUCAAACGACCAAAUGAAGAGAAAGGCCAGUGAACGUUCAAGCUCCUAUGCUUCGCCGAACUCGACAACAGCGCACAACAGCGGUGUGGUUGACGAUGAUCUUGACGAGGCCAUCCGUCUGAGUCUACUCGACAGCACACCUGAUCCUUGGUCUCCUCCCACAGCAGAGUUUGACAUCCCUAUUCGAUACGCCAAAGGGUCCAAGCACGGCACGCCAUCCCGCAACACUCAAGCAGGCAGUAGCAAAGUGGGUGCUGCAGCCAGUAAUGAGGAUGAGGAUCUGGAAUUUGCGUUGCAGCUCAGCCUCGCAGAGGAACGAAGCAGGAAGGCCAUGGAAGAUGACUUCCCAGCAUUGACACCCUCAUCCAGUCCAGGCUCCGAGGGCAGUGGGAAAGGGAAGGGCAAGUCGCGUCGCCGACAAUAG